UGUGAUAGAGCUACCGAGAGGCAGAGGAGAGGCACACUGAGACAGCACGGAGCAGGAGGAAAAGUUCUAAUGAAAUGAGAGAUCUCUACUAAAUGUAGCAUUGGAUAAUAGGAGACCGAGUAAUACUGUACAUCUAGAGUGCUACAGAGAUUACACGGAUCAGGGAGAUGCCAGUUCCAGGAUAAGGGAGAAAAGAAAGUUUGUUGUUAAUGUUUGUGUUCGUGGACUGGAUAUAAUGUGUUCCUGGAGGCAGCACCUCAGUCACUGUGCUAUUCUAUCAGGUCUUCUCAGUCUGUGGAUGGAUCUGACCAGUGGAAUGGUCAAUAUUCAGCUGAUCCCUCAGUAUCCAGUGAUUGGGGAAUCUGUCACCCUGGGUGUUACUGGGGUCACUGGAAGGGUUGCGUCUAUCAUAUGGCAUAAAGGACCAAACACAAAUAAGGAGUAUCUAAUCCUCACAUAUCUUCCUAAUGAUCCUUCCCCACUACUUCCUGGACCUCUAUACGUCUCUCGGGCCAGACCUUUCCCUGAUGGCUCAUUACUGAUCACAGAUCUGCAUAUAACAGAUACUGAUAAUUACAUAGUGAAGGUACAGACAGAGAAAACACAAGAACAAGCCUCUGUGACCCUGACUGUCUAUGAGCGGGUCAGUAAGCCUAAGGUCUCAGCAUCCACCUCCCAGCCCAAGGAAAAUGACACAUUCACCCUGACAUGUGACACCAGGAAUGCUGAGAGGAUACUAUGGAGCAGGAACAGUGUCAGUCUUCCCUCUGGGCCCAUCCUAUCAGCAGAUAACAGGACGGUCACUUUCUCCAGGGUUACACGGGGAGACUCAGGAGACUACAGAUGUGAGGCUGAGAACCCAGCCAGUAGGAGUAUCAGCGAUCCCUACACAGUAACUAUAUCCUAUGGUCCAGAGAACGUGCAAAUCACGGGCAAAUUAUAUGUGAAUUUUGGUUCUGACAUCUCACUAUCAUGUUCUGCUGACUCUGUACCACCAGCUGAUUACCAAUGGAGAUUCAAGGAUGGAGAUUUAAAUCCAAAGCAAAAUACACUCCUAAUUCAUAAUGCUUCCUCGGACAAGCAGGGGACUUAUAGCUGUGUGGUGACUAACGCAGAGACACGGCUUACUGUUACUACCUCUGUGUUUGUGAAUGUUACAGCUGUUGGCCCAGAAAACGUGACCAUAACAGGCCUAUUACAUAUGCAUGUUGGGUCGGACACCUCAUUAAACUGUUCUGCUGAUUCUCUCCCACCACCCACCUACCGAUGGAGAUUCAAUGACAGAGAGUUAAAUGAGUCAAAGACACUUCAAAUUUAUAAUGCUACCUUGAAGGACCAGGGAAAUUAUACCUGUGUGGUGAUUAACCCGGAGACAAAGCGUACUGUUAAUGCCUCUGUGUAUUUGAGUGUUACAAUGGAAGCUGCUAACAAUGGUGGGAUGGACAAAGGACAUAUCAUAGGAAUUGUGGUGGCAUGUCUGUUAUUGGUGGCUCUAGUUGCUGCAAUGCUUUACCUGUUCAUUAUUCACAAACAGCGCAAAAAGCCAUCAGAUAAGCUUUCAAUGGUGAACAUCCCAGCUACAAAUGGUCAUUCCAGCUCCCAGACUACGGAACAGCCAGAGCUACAAUACGCUUCUAUUGCUUUCAACCCGAACAUGCCAAGGAAACAACAGGAAGAACCCGAGAUUCAAUAUGCCCCUAUUAAAAUACAGAACAAGACAGCAGGAAAACAGCAGAAACCACCCGAAUUGCUUUAUGCCGAUAUUGAUUUAAGUAACAACGUGCCAAGGAAACAGCAGCAACCACCUGAGUCGGUGUACGCAAAUAGAGGCGCCCAGGGGACUCCAGCCCCUGAGAACACGGUUUACUCAGAAUUAAAAUUACACUGAACUCUGCUGCCUGACUGGGAAAUAAUGUUACAAGUUGCAAUGUUUAAGUUUCUCACAAGUCUCUACAAACUGGCAGCAGGAUCCGGGGAGCAAUCUUCCUCUUGAAUCUUUGUCGGAAGUGUGAAAUGGUAAUUUUGGUACUCUCAGGAAGUAAGCUCAGUCUGUGCUAACAGGACAGGAGCUGUCUAUUACUGGCCAGCAUCACACAAUGUAUUUCUCAGCAAGAAGCGGCCACUGAGAUGCCUGGAAGACUGGUAACAUAUAACUUACGUCAAACUAAACUCAGGUUGCCACUAGCUGAUGCAGAAUGUGAACAGUUGCUGGAUAAUGUGCGCGUGUCCGUUUCUGUUGCUGCCUAUUGUUUUACUUGUAGUUUGAGCUUUUCCUAUGAUAGGUUUUAAACACUUGAGUGCAAAAUAGAGGGGACUACCAUGAAAAUACAGCCCAUAUUCUGUCAACAACUAUCACUGUAUCUUUACUGGAAAGUGUGUGUACUGUGCAGCUUUAUAUACAGUAGGAAAUGGUCUGAAUUACACUCAUGUCUGGCUGCAUAUUACCAUCUAUUACAGUAUAUACAAGCUUCGCUUUUUUUCCUGUGCACCUCUUUGGUGCAAAAACAACUAAAAACUGGAGUGAUGUAUUUGCCUUCUGAAAUAUGCACGGCUGAAAGUUAAAUGUGUCUGCCUAUAUUUGGACUUGCACUAUGCUUAAGGGCAUCUCACAUCUGAAUUGUGAUAUUAACAAUAUUAUCAAUGUGAAAAUUAGGACUUGAAUGACAAGUGUAGACCCAGUUUGUGUAUUCAUACAUAAUGCGCCUAUAGAACAGAGGUCAGACGUUACAUUUAUCCUAAAUAUGUGAUCAGCUCACAGACGGCAUGCUUAGCUUGCAUGUCCAUACUCCUAAGGGGCCUACACACUCAGCGAUGCAUUCAAUUUUUGUCUUAUCAACACCACAUAUUUUAACCUGUAAAUUCUCAUAUAAGAAUAAACCAUAGCAACAGUGCCCUCUAGUGUCCAGGUAAGGAAUGGCAGCAACCUUUACCUGGAAAAGGUGACAACAUUGGAAAUGUUGUAAUCUUAGAUUAACAAAAUGCUGAACUGUUUGUGGGGUGGGGGGAGGAGUUAUAUUUAUAAAACUAGAAUUUAUUUUUAAAUUCUAUUGAACUUUAAUAGUGGUGUAAUGUGCAAACGGGUCACAUCAAGUAAAACUUUUGAUCAGUUAAAAGAAAUUCUCCUCUGACCAUUUCAAGUGAAAGCGUCAUUGCAGAAUCUUACCUGAAGCAAAGAAGUUUUACAGACCUUCCUGGGUAUUUAAACCAAUUGCAUUAACACAAACGUAGUAUAUGUAUUAUAGUAUUUACCACAAUUGCAGUACAAACUGCUCUAGUUACAUAUGCUGGUUAUCAAAGACAUUACACAAUAAGCUAGUUAUUCUUGUCUGGCUUACAAUUGUUUGCACAACUUGCCCACUUUUGCAAUGGAAUAAGGGAUUUACAUAACUUCAGAGCUUACUUUUUUAUAGAUAUAUAGAUAUACUAUAGGGAAAAGUAGAUACGUAGAUAGAUAGAUAGAUAGAUAGAUAGAUAGAUAGAUAGAUAGAUAGAUAGAUAGAUAGAGAGAUAGAUAUGUACAUGCGUGUGCAUAUAUAAUUCACUAAGGGGGUGCACUCACCAGUCUUGCAUAGCAGUAACAAAUGUUCAUUUUAGCAAGCUGUCAUCAUUAAACAUGAUCAACAUCUUGGCACUAUGCCUGGACCUUUGCUAGUCGCGCAUCUCGCUCCAUAUGGCAUAUUGAGGCCUGGUGUAUGAAGUCGUAGGAAUAGACCAAGAGAAAAGAGAAGCCAUUGAAUUUCACUCAAAUUGCAAAUAGUUUGUGAAAUAACUGAGAGCACACACACACACACACACACACACACACACACAUAUAUAGAGUACAUUCAUUUGUUUUCUAACUGUAUUUUUGUUUACACAUUGUUUUCUUAUUUAGACUUUUUGAAUUUUUCUAUUUUGGAUACCGUUAUUUUUGACAGAAUAUUUCAGCUACAGAUAGCACCGAAAACUCAUACAGUAUCUAUAGCUUCUAAAGAACAAAAGUGGCUCAUCCAUGCCAUCCGUGCUUGUAGACACGCAUUCUCCACGCAUAUCACAUUAUCCUCAUCGUUUUAUCAACACCAAAGUCAGAGUGAUUUCAACUCCAGUUUCAUCAACCUUUACUAAUCCCACUGAUUGGGGCAAGACAAAGAGAGUCACAGGAGUAAAUUUACUAAAGCUUCUAAAACAGUGAAUUGGUGAUGUUGCCCAUAGCAAACAAUUAGAUGCUGUUUUUCAUUUUGCUAUUGCCUUUUAGAAAAUGAUAGACAGCAUCUGAUCUCACCAAUUCUCUGUCCUAGAAGCUUUAGUAAAUUUACCCCCCCCCCCCCAGUGUCUAGACUAUUAUGUAUUCCAUCAUUACACAAGAUUUGUCGCUUUUCUUUGCUUUGCUCUUUUAUUGCACUGUUACACGUCUCUACUUUUUUUUGUAUACUUUUAUAUUGGCAAUACUUUUUUCUCAAUGCUAAAUUUUGAUGAAAGCAGACUCAAGAAAAAAAAAAGAAACUAACCAAUAUGUUUUGUGAAUUAUAACUAGAAGUCAGUUCUUACAAGAAAUUGAUUGCUGCGAAGUCAUUUAUUUAAACCUGCAGUUGAUAAGAUGGGACAAGUACUGUAGCUAUUAAAAGGCAUCACAUGUGCAGGGCCGUUUCUUGGGGCAGGCGAGCAGUGCAACCGCACUGGGCGCCCGCCGCUCACUAACUGUGGCUCCCUGCUUCCCCCUCCUAUUUCUCCCCGAGUAACCCGCUCGGGGGGGCGGAGUUUCACGGAAUGACGCAGUUGCGUCGUUACGUCACGACGCAGUCCCGUCACUCCGCGAAACUCCCCCCCGAGCAGAGUACAGAGGGGGAUCCAAGUUAGGAAGAGGGAAAGGCCGGCGCGAGGAGCGACUGGUGAGGCGGGCCGAAGAGCGGUAAUCGCCUCUGUAAGUAUUCUCUAUCUCUCUCUCUCAAUGUGUAAAAUGGGGACACCUGCCGUAAUGUGUGAAAUGGGGACUCUUGCCUGCCGUAGUGUGGGGAUUUAAUGUAUCAAGGGCAUUGUGGUGUGUGGCAUAAUAUGGUGCAGGGGGCAUUACUGUGUUGGGCUUAAUAUGGUAGAUUUUUUUUUUUCUGUGGUGGUCGUGAUCUGUUGGAGCAGGGUCAAAAACUGGAUUGUGAGGUAGUCUUUUCAGACGAGGCCAUGCCCAUUUAAAUGAGGCCACACCCAUUUAGAUGAGGCCACGCCCCCCUUACCGGGUGCGUGCGCAAGUUUUUUUUUAUCUAGGUGUGUGUGUGGGGG